CUUAUCUACUGGGGACGCUGGCUGUCGCUCUGCGCAGGCUUAACCUACUGCAUGCUUGGAGCGAAGCGCCAGCUUUCGAGGGAGGAUUCUAUUUAUGGAUUCCUAGAGUAGAGUGCCCGCCAAAUCACUCCUUUCACUUAUGGUACGGGCGCCUUCGAAAGAAACCCGGAGUAAAGCACACUCAAAACAUCCACUCCUUUGAAAAGGGUCAUUGCUGGUCAAUGUUCAAGUCUGGUUAAAAAAGUCACUACAAGCUUAUACUGCCCGGAUAUCAUAAUGGAACAUGCUUGGGGUUCAUACGUUACUGCGUCAAAGGUUUGGUUCUACUCCAUCUUCUGGGCGCUGCAUUUUGUCAUUUUUGCGGUGGGAUGGUACGUCCAGGCUUCGGACCAGAGGCUGGAUAUGCUCAAUACUUUGCAGUAUUCCGUUUGGAUAUCACGGGGCGCUGGACUGGUGUUGACAUGCGAUGCCACCCUCUUACUGCUGCCCAUGUGCCGAAACCUUGUCAAAACCAUAAGACCUAGGGUACGAUGGCUACCACUGGAUGAAACGGUAUGGUUUCAUCGCCAGGUAGCUUAUGCCCUUCUGUUCUUUACCAUAGUCCAUGCGGCGGCCCAUUAUGUGAACUUUUACAACAUCGAAAAAGAUCAUAUCCGGCCUGUUAAAGCCGUGCAAAUCCACUAUACAGAAGCUGGCGGAAUUACCGGACAUGUCAUGCUCCUUUGCAUGAUGCUGAUGUACACCACGUCCCAUCAGCGCAUUCGGCAACAGUCCUUUGAGACGUUCUGGUAUACGCACCAUCUUUUCGUACCGUUCCUUUUAGCCUUAUAUACACAUGCAACCGGCUGCUUCGUGCGAGACACAACAGAGCCUAUCUCGCCUUUCGCUGGUUCUAGAUUCUGGAACCACUGCUUAGGCUACGAAGGCUGGAGAUGGGAACUAGUGGCCGGAGGAUUGUACAUGCUUGAAAGGCUGUACCGUGAGAUCCGAGCACGACGCCAUACUGUUAUUCUAAAGGUGGUUCGUCAUCCGUAUGAUGCUAUGGAGAUUCAGUUUCGCAAGGAUAGUAUGAAGUAUAAGGCUGGCCAAUGGCUCUUCAUCCAGUGUCCUGAUGUAUCCAGCAACCAAUGGCAUCCCUUCACAAUUACGUCCUGCCCAUUCGAUCCAUACAUAAGCAUCCACGUUCGCCAAGUUGGUGAUUUCACUCGUGCAUUGGGUGAUGCACUAGGAUGCGGACCAGCGCAGGCCAGAGAUAUGGAAGGACUCGACCCGCUGGGCAUGUAUGAAGUCGCCCUGCAUAACGGACAAAAGAUGCCUAGAUUGCGGGUUGAUGGACCAUACGGAGCUCCAGCCGACGAUGUCUUCGACAAUGAGGUGGCCGUCCUCAUCGGGACGGGAAUAGGUGUCACACCAUGGGCAUCUAUCCUCAAGAACAUUUGGCACUUACGGUCCGACCCUAAAUUAGCCGGCCGUCUCUGUCGCGUCGAAUUCAUUUGGGUCUGUAGGGACACUUCGUCCUUCGAAUGGUUCCAGGCCUUGCUUUCCUCUCUUGAAUCCCAGUCGGCGGCCGAAGCAGAGUACAGUGGCAAGGCCGAGUUCUUACGCAUCCAUACAUACCUCACCCAACGAUUGGAUGACGACACAGCCGCUAAUAUCUUUCUCAAUUCAGUCGGUCAGGCUGUCGAUCCACUUACAGAGCUGCGAAGUAGGACGAACUUUGGCCGUCCAGACUUCAAACGCCUUUUCACUGCUAUGCGUGAUGGUCUACAAGACCAAACCUAUCUAUCAGGUGUUCAUGGAAAUUCAACUACGGAAAUUGGAGUCUACUUCUGUGGUCCCAAUGCUGCGGCCAGGCAAAUUCGAGAGGCGGCCAUGUCCACCUCAACGAGAGAUAUCCGGUUCAAAUUCUGGAAGGAACACUUCUAAAUGGCGAGUCCUCGUCGCCGAGACUCCGUGCUUAAGGAGUCGAAAAGAAGUUGAAGGUGAAAAUGAAAGUACCAAGCACACGAUACGAAUUAAUGACUGAUGACUCUCUUUAACUUCAUUUGGCUGUUGCAUGUAACUAGAUGUAUCUAUUCUUUGAUAUGCAGUAUCGUGUACUAUACGUCUUAUGUGUGUUCAUCCACUUGUUUUACUGCAGCAUGUGAAUGCUAAAGCAAUGACCAUAGGGUCACGGGACGUAAGGCUUCCCGUCCAUUCAGCCGUACAAAGUACGUAAGCUACAUAUUGAACACUGCAC